AUGGCUCCCCCAACCACCGCCGGAGUGACGAAGCGCAGGGCGCGCACCUUCUUGCCCUCGCGCGUCGUCACCACACCAGCAGCCCCCAACCUACCGCCGCCUCCGCCGCGCCUCACCGGCCUAGGCACGCGAAUGUCCCCCUUCCCGCUGCUGCCGGGAGCAGGAAUUACUGCAAGGAGGACCACUACGCCGCCUGAACACCAGCGACACCCAUCCCAGCCUGUGGUGAGGACCAUGCCGCCCGUCGCACUCUCCAUGCCCUCACUGGACAUGGAGACAACGCCGCCACGCUCGUACGCAAGUACAAACCCAUUCUCGCCACUGUGCGAGUUGGAGAAGACGCCGCCGCGCUCAUACGCCGCCGUCUUGAACACGAACCCAGACUCGCCGCCGCACGCGCCUCCACCUGCCUGA